CAUGCAGCAGCGGACGCAGGUCAUCUUCGCCAUCGGGCUCCUGGCGCGCGUCGCGCUGCUCCUCUGGGGCGAGUACCAGGACCGGACCAUGGUCGUCAAGUACACGGACGUCGACUACGACGUGUACACGGACGCGUCCCGCGAGGUCGUCGCCGGCAACUCGCCCUUUGACCGGACGACGUACCGCUACACGCCGCUCCUGGCGUUCAUUCUGCUGCCCAACGUCUACGUGCACGAAGCGUGGGGCAAGCUCCUCUUUGUCGCUAGCGACAUGGUCGUCGCGUACGUCAUCUACGCCAUCCUGCAGCUGCGCGCGAUUCCCGAGUCGACUGCGAUCAACUACACCAUGGUGUGGCUCUUCCAUCCGUUCUCGAUCAACAUCUCGACGCGCGGCAACGCCGACACGCUCGUCGUGCUCCUCUGCACGGUCUCCCUCUACCUGCUCAUGAAGAAGCAGCUCGUGCUUUCCGCCCUCAUCUAUGGCCUCGCCGUCCACUUCAAGAUCUACCCCAUUGUCUAUGCCCUCGCCUUCCUCGUCUUUCUCGAUGAAGACUAUGAUCAUUCGCUCGCCUCUCGCCCAGUGCCAUCGUCGCUCAUCGGGAAGAUGCUGCACUGGCUGAACCGCCAUCGGCUGACCUUUGGUCUCGUCAGCGGCGGUCUCUUCAUCGCGCUCACCGGUCUCUUCUACGCCAUUUAUGGCUAUACCUUUCUCUUUGAGGGAUAUUUGUACCACUUUUCGCGCACGGACAACCGCCACAACUUUUCCAUGUACUUUUACGACCUCUACCUCCGCUAUGGCACGAGCGGUGGCUUCAUGAUGGGGCUCAUCGCCUUCCUCCCGCAGUUCCUCACGCUCUUCAACAUCUCGCUUCGCUGCGGCAAGGACUUGAUCUUUGCGCAGUUUCUCCUCACCGUGUGCUUCGUCGUCUUCAACAAGGUGUGCACGGCCCAGUACUUUUUAUGGUACUCGGUCUACUUGCCGCUCGUUUUGCCCACGUCGGAGCUCUCGGGCAAGCAGCUCCUCGCGAUGAUUGGUCUCUGGUUUGGUGGCGAGCUGCACUGGCUGUACUGGGCGUUUGGGCUUGAAAUCAUGGGCCAAAAUACGUUCUUCAACGUCUGGAUUGCAGGGCUCGUCUUCUUCGUCGUCAACAUUGGCCUCAUGAUCGCCUUCAACACGCACCACCACCACGGGCCCCUCUUUGCGAAUGGCCGCGUCGUCGGCCUUUCCUCCGCCAAGACGGCCAAGACCGACUAAGAUCUCACAUCAUAUACUACCAGAACUGUACUGGCCAC